UGGGGACGGGCCUCCGCGCGGCUGGGGGCCUGCCGGGCCGGCUAGGCUCGCGUCCGGGGACGGGAGCGGGGUGCCCCGGAGGCGCCACCGGGCCCUGCCCUCCCCUAGCCCCGCGUCCCCGGCGGCCCCGGGGCGCGGGCUGGGGGCGGCGCCUCGGGCCGCUUCGCCGCCGUGGGCGUCGCUCUCGAGAGCUCGCGUCCUCCGCGCGCACACCUGCGGCGGCGGCGGCCUGCGGGGCCCGCGCGGUGGGCGCGGACGGGGCUCGCGGCGCGGGGCUCGGGCCGGGGCGGGGCUGAGGCAGCCGGAAGGGAGCUCGGCGUCUGUCCGGAGCCGCGGGCGGUGGAAGGCGGCGAAUCGGCGUUGCCGCUGCCUCGCUUCGGGGCCUCCGGAGGCGCCUCGCCCUGUGGCCCUAGCCGGCGGCAGGGCCGGUGGUCGCGGGCGGCUGACGGCCGCGUGGCCGCCCAGGACGUUUCUGGCGAGUUCCGGAGGAGCCGGGCGUGGAGCGCUGGGUGACGCUUGGGAUAAAGGGCACUGGCUCCGCGCCCCGGGUCCCAGCCCCUCGGGAGCAAAGGAGCUCUCUCACGGCAGGGGCGAGGGGGCCGCGGGGACAGCUGCCUCUGGGCAGAGCGGCCUUGCUGACGGAGCCCUGCGGGGCUUCGGAGCGGAGGCGGAAGGUUCCAGGCACGCGCGGGCCCGAGGCGCCCGGUCAGAAGCAGUUGUGGGUCCCUGUGUGGCGUGAGGCGGGCUCGAGGAGGUCCCCGCGCCCGGAAGCCGGCCCGGCCUGUGUGCGGUGGACGCUGUGGACCCGCCUGCGGAAGGCGGCGGCCUGGGGUGGCGGGGAUGGGGGACUGUGAGGCUGCGCAGGAGCGGGCGGGUCGCUGACGGCUGGUGGGGACGUGGCGUCCGGGGAAGGCUAACCCGCGAGCGCGGGCGGGACCCCAAGCAGUCCCCUGUCUCCUCCGUUCUCCCCGCGCCCCCUGCGGAUUCUGAGCUGCUGUCGCGCCUGUUCCUCACCACGUGUGGCAUCUAUGAGUGAUGCCGAUGCUGCCUCUUUCCUGAGCAUAGAGAAAAACGAAAUGGGAGGAGAGGGGUUUUCUGUGCUGGACGCUUUCGGAAGCCCAAAGACAGCAGGCCUGUAAUGAACGGGGUUUGUCGAGUCACCCAGGGCAGACCCAGGAACUAAGCGCACAGCUGUUGACUUACACGGGAGUAGCAGAAAAUGAACAUAGCUCAGGGAUUGGUGUCGUUCGAAGACGUGACUGUGGAGUUCACCCAGGAGGAGUGGCGGCAGAUGGACUCCACACAGAGGGCCCUGUACAAAGAUGUGAUGCUGGAGAACUACGGCCACCUGGUCUCCAUGGGAUACUGCAGUACUAAACCCCGGGUGAUUUUCAAGUUGGAGCAAGGAGAAGAGCCCUGGUCCUUAGAGGAAGAAUUCCUAAACCAGAGGUACCCAGGCUAUUACAAAGUUGAUGUCCACCUUGAGGGGAACUGGGAAAAAGAAGAGAAACCUCUGUGGCAAGUAAUAUUCAUGGAUAACAAAAGAUUGAGUAAGGAAGUACAGAAAGUUUUAGAAAAACCAUUUAAUCUGGAUUCAACUCCAGAUUUUUCAGGAUCAAUGCCCUGUAAAUGUGACUCACAUAGAGUGAAUUUGCCAGUUGUUUCUGAAUUAAUUAUUAAUGAUAGAAAGUAUUCAAGAAAGAAGGCCAAUUACAUGAAUGUAGGUGAAAAGUUGCAGCUUGGGAUUAAGCGUCAGAAAACUCCUACUGGAGAGAAGUCUAAUGAAUGUAAUAAAAAUGUGAAAGGUCUCAGUUACAAGAAAGAUCAUCAGAAAUUUCAAACUCUGGCACAAUCCUUUGAGUAUAAUGAGUUCGGGAAAGUUUUACGUGAUAAAACCGUCUGUGUUACAGUGACAAGUUCUCUAACAGGAGAAGAAUCCUAUAAGGACUUUGAAUUUAGGAAAAACUGUGAUAAACCAACUGUAUUUAACCUCGUCAGAAAUGGCACAAGGGAAGAAUGCUUUGAUCUUGAUGAAGUUGGGAAAUCCUGUGACGAUAGGAAUACUUUAUUGGAGUACAAUAAAAUUAACGUGGCUAUGACACACUGUGAACGUCAUGAAAGUGGGAGUAACUUCAUCAGGAAUUCACCCCUCAUUCAACCUCAGAGAACUAUUACAGGACAGGGUGCUUCUCAAAGCAGUAAAUGUGAAGAAAAUUUGAGCCAGAGCUCAACCCAUCAGAAGACGCAAACUGGAGAUAAAUUCUGUGUUUUUAAUGAAUGUACAAAUGCCUUCUAUGAGAAAUUAGACCUUAUGAUACAUCAGAGAACUCACACAGAAGAGAAUUUCUACGAGUGUGGUAAAUAUGGGAAAUCCUUCCAUCAAAACUCAGCCCUGGAUCUAUUUCAGCAAAGUGGCACAGGACAGAAGUCAUUUGAAUGUAAUGAAUGCAGGAAAUUCUUUUACCAGAAAGCACACCUCAUUCAGCAUCAGAGGAUCUGCUCGGGGGACAAAACUUAUGAAUGUGAGGAAUGUGGAAGAUCCUUUUCUCCAAAUUCACACUCUGUUCAUUGUCCUGGAACCCAUAUGGGGGUCAGUCUCUGUGAAUGUAAUGAAUAUGCGAAAACUUUCUGUCAGAAGUCAAACCUCAGUGAACAUGUGACAGUUCAUACAAAGGAGAAACCUUAUGAUCACAAUCGAUGUGGGAAAUCUUACAAGAAGUCUGCCAUCAUAGAACACCAGAGAACACACACACGGAUGAAACCCUUUCAGAGUAAUGAAUAUGGGAAAACAUUCUCCAAGAUGGCACAUCUCAAAGAAUGUCAGAGAAUUUACACAGGGGAGAAACCCUAUGAAUGUAUUGAAUGUGGGAAAACUUUCUCCAAGACGUCCCAUCUCAGAGCACAUCAGAGAAUUCACACAGGUGAAAAACCCUAUGAAUGUAUUGAAUGUGGGAAGACUUUCUCUCACAAGACUCAUCUCAGUGCACAUCAGAGAACUCACACAGGGGAGAAACCUUAUGAGUGUAAUGAAUGUGGGAAAACUUUUGCUGAUAAUUCAACCCUCAGAGCACAUCAGAGAACUCACACAGGGGAGAAACCUUAUGAUUGUAAUGAAUGUGGGAGGUCUUUUGCCCAUAUAUCCGUUCUCAGAGCACAUUUGAGAAUUCACACAGGGGAGAAACCUUAUGAAUGUAAUGACUGUGGGAGAUCUUUUGCCCAUAAUUCAGCCCUCAGAGCGCAUCAGAGAAUUCACACAGGUGAGAAACCCUAUGAAUGUAAUGAAUGUGAGAAAACUUUUGCCCAUAAUUCAGCUCUCAGAGUACAUCACAGAGUUCACACAGGGGAGAAACCAUAUGAAUGUAAUGAAUGUGAGAAAACUUUUGCCCAUAAUUCAGCCCUCAGAGCACAUCAGAAAAUUCACACUGGGGAGAAACUGUAUGAAUGUAAUGAAUGUGGGAAAAUCUUUUCCCAGAAGACACACCUCAGUACACAUCGGAGGAUUCACACAGGGGAAAAACCGUAUGAAUGUACUGCAUGUGGGAAAACCUUUUCCCAGAAAUCAUACCUCAGUGGUCAUGAGAGAAUUCACAAAGGGGAAAAACCUUAUGAAUGUAAUGAAUGUGGGAAAACUUUUGUCUAUAAGGCAGCCCUGAUAGUCCAUCAAAGAAUUCACACAGGAGAGAGACCCUAUGAAUGUAAUGAAUGUGGGAAAACUUUCUCCCAAAGGACACACCUCAGUGCACAUCAAAGAACUCACACAGGGGAGAAACCUUAUGAAUGUAGUGAAUGUGGGAAAACUUUUGCUGAUAAUUCAGCCCUCAGGGCACAUCAGAGAAUUCACACAGGGGAGAAACCCUAUGAAUGUAAUGAAUGUGGGAAAACUUUCUCCAAGACAUCACACCUCAGAGCACAUCUGAGGACUCGUGCAGGGGAGAAACCCUAUGAAUGUAGUGAAUGUGGGAAAACUUUCUCCCAGAAGUCGUAUGUUACUGCACAUCAGCGAAUUCACACAGGGGAGAAACCCUAUCAGUGUAAUGUAUGUGGGAAACCCUUUGCCCAUAAUUCAACCCUCAGAGUACAUCAGAGAAUUCACACAGGUGUAAAAUCCUAUGAAUGUAAUGAAUGUGGGAAAACUUUCUCCCAGAAGUCACACCUUAGUGCACAUCAAAGAAUUCACACAGGGGAGAAACCCUAUGAAUGUAAUGAAUGUGGGAAAGCUUUUGCCCAAAAUUCAACCCUCAGAGUACACCAAAGAAUUCACACGGGGGAAAAACCCUAUGAAUGUGAUGCCUGUGGGAAAACUUUUGUCCGUAAGGCAGCUCUUAGAGUACAUCAUACAAGAAUGCACACCAGAGGGAAAGCCCUUGUGUGUAAUGAAUUUGGGAAGUCCUAAAGGAACUCAUACAUUAUUAGAUAGGUAACACAAUGAAGGAGCUCAUGUCACAUAGACUGGCCUAUUUCCCUUAACUAUUUUCUUUUUCUCUGGGCCCAUAGCUUGUUUAAAUUUCCCACUCCUUCAUCCAGGUGGGGCUGGUCAUGGAAUAUGAUGCUACUACAUUUAAGCUAAGACUGGACUUGAAAGUCACCUGUGUUCUUCCUGUCCUGUGUUAUACCAGAAUGGAGAGCCUUCCACACAGACUUGGGUGCUGUAUUUUGAACAUGGUAGAGCACAAGGUGAGAGACUCUAGAGUGAAUAACUGGGUGAAACAAUUCUCCACUAACAGAUCUUCACCAGUUGGCCUUUUUUUUUUUUUAGGCAAGAUAUCAACUUGUGCUCUGUUGAGUUCUUACAGGUUUUGAUCUGUUGAUUGAAUGCAAUAGCUUAGCCAACUCUGUUAGAGUGGGAUGAAAGCCUGUUAAUAUAAUAAAUGUGAGAAGACCAAUAAGAAUUCAGCCUGUCUAUGUACAUGAGAGACUUCACAUGAGGGAGAAAACUUCUGUCAAUAUCUUGAAUGAUCAGCCUUCAUCAAAAAUCAAGAGAAAUCUCAGGGAAAAACACAAGCCUUUUCUGCAAAGUGAACUUCUUUAAACGUGAAAUAAUUAAGAUGAGAUGAAACUUUUGUAUUUUUUAUAAUGACAUUUUUUAACAAAUUCGUGUGUUGCCCAACAAUGGUAUACGUUCUAAGGAAUGCGUUGUUAGGUGAUUUUGUCAUCAUGUGAAUGUUAUAGAGUGUACACAGACUCUAGGUUGUAUAGCCUACUACGUGUCUGGGCUAUAUGGUACUAAUCUUAUGAGACCACCAUCAUGUAUGUGAUCUGUCACUGACUGAAACCUUGUUAUGUGGCAGGUGUCUGUACUGAGUUUGCUUCAGAGAAUUGUUUUCUGAGGAAAUGUCUCAGUUUCAGAAUUGAAGGUCAAAUCUUCACCUAGAACUGAUGUACCAAAACUUGUGUUUUACAUGCAAUACUAAGGUUUGUAGAAUAUAAAAAAGAAAAUAUUUACCUGUACACAAACUCAGUGUGGAAUGGGAAGUUUUAAAGAUGGAGAAGUAACGAAUUCUGUGGACAAUACCAAUAAAUGUGACUAGCGUCUGUGCUAUAUAGUACAUCUG